AUGUCGCGGCUGCUGCUCAUCUGCGGCCCGGUGUGCUCCGUGGCGUGCGCGAUGUGGUUCGGCCUCCUGCUGGACUUUCUUCUGGAGCCCUUCUUGCUGCUGCUCGGCAAGCCUGGCUACCGUUGGCGCUCGAUGCCGGCCGCGAGUCCGGGUCAGGUAUUGCCUCCGGAUGCUGGCGCAGCUGCUGGCCGCGGCGCGGAGAAGCAGAAGCAGAGGCAGACCAAGAAGAAGCCGGCCGAAGGCACAGCCGCGCCGUCCGCCGCGCCAGCCGCCGCCGGGGCCUCCGCGGCUUCCGAGCUCGCCGAGUGGGAGGAGGAGCUCCGUCCAGGCGGCGCGGCGGCGCUGCGGCGGCUCGCGAGGGAGCGGUGUGCCUCGCUGCUGCCCGCAGGCGCCGCCCGCCAGUACGCAGAGGCGAGGGAGUACCUGGACUCGGACCCGGUGGCGCUGAUCGGCCGUGCGUUUUUCUCUGCGACCUUCCUCCUCACGGCGUGGUCCAGCGGCCUCGCCGGGGCGACUGUCAGCGGGUUCGUGAGCCAGUGCGACGCCGUCGCGCGGGAGCUGUCCGACCCGCAGGUUGUGUUCCAGACCACCCUGCGGAACGGGACCGCGGUGGUGAUCGACGACUACUUGAAGGGGUACCAGUGGGUCGAGCAGAACACGCCAGAGGAUGCACGCGUUAUGGCCUGGUGGGACUACGGUUACCAGAUCACUGGCAUCGCCAAGCGGACGUCCAUUGCCGACGGGAACACGUGGAAUCACGAGCACAUUGCAACGCUCGGGCGCUUGCUUACCAGCCCGGAGAGGCGCGCGUGGAGCUCGAUCCGGCACCUGGCGGACUACGUCCUCGUCUGGGCCGGAGGCCACGGGGACGACAUCGGGAAGUCCGCGCACCUCGCCAGGAUCGGCAACUCCGUCUUCCCAGACCACUGCGGCGACGACGACCCCAGGUUAUGCCUAUGCCGACGCUCCUUCUUCCGCAUACGCGGACGGCACCCCCUCGCCAAUGAUGCGCAAGUCGUUGCUUUACAAGCUCGUUCGGCACGGCAUCCAGGGUGUGGCCGCCAACGAGAGCCUGUUCAGGGAGGUGCACAAGUCAGCGUAUGGCCUGCUGCGCGUGUUUCAGGUGGUCAACGUUUCCCAGGAGAGCAAGGAGUGGGUGUCCGACCCCAAGAACAGGGUCUGCGACGCCCCAGGGAGUUGGUACUGCGUCGGGCAGUACCCACCGGCGUUGAAGGAGCUGAUCGCGAGCAGGCGCAACUUCGCCCAGCUCGAGGACUUCAACAAGGGCGGCGGCCAGAAGAGCGCGUACACGAGGCUGGUGGAGAGCGAGCAGGCCAGAGGCCGAGGAGCGGCAGAGCUGUAGCGCCCCACCGCCAGCCCGGCCCUGGCGCGUGCCUGGCUCCAGCGGGCGCAGGCGCCGCCGGCCGCCGGCCGCAGGCGCCAGCGACCCUGGCGCGUGCCUGGCUCCAGCGGGCGCCAUGA